AUGUUUGCCAUGCGAGCGGUUCUUCGUGGUGUGCUUUUGUGCUUCGUUGCCCAGCUUCUUGCAAUCUCAAUUGAAUCGUUCACUGGCUCUCGAACUCCUCGAAGCGGUUUGAAUCUGCGCCCCACCUCUGUGGACGUCCGUUUGCACGCCACCCUCUCUGAUGCGCUUGGAGGAGCGAAGCUUCCAAAGUAUAUCGAGAUUUCGCAAGAGGCGCUGCUUGCUGCAGCAAUUGUGCAGGGGAAGAAGGAAGAGGUGAAGCCGCUCCUGGAGACAGGAGCUCCCCUAGAAGCGAUCACCAUCCAGGGGCGGACUGCUUUGGCCUGCGCGGCGGUGAUCAAUGACCCAGAGAGUGCACGCCUUUUGCUGGAAAGUGGCGCACAAUUGGAGGCCUUGGACGACACUGGAAGGACACCGUUGUCUUUGGCUGCGGCCUAUGGUCAUUUGGAGGUUGUUCAGCUGUGUAUAGACUCUGGGGCCUGCCUGGAAGCACGAGACAAUGGACAGCUGACUCCACUGCUGUGGGCUGCUGUCAAUGGGAACGAAGAUGUGGUUCGCUGCCUUGUGGCCAACGGAGCUGACACUCAAGCAAAAGAUGAGGAUGGAAUGACUGCACUCAAGUUGGCGACCGUCUUCAAGCGCACGGAAAUCCAAAAGAUUCUAGCGGGGUCGACGUACUGGGGUGAGUUCUGCCGUGGGCAGAAGGAAGGCCUUGGCAUUGGAAAGUGGGAUGAGGGCAGCCGCUAUGUGGGGCAGUGGCGCGCAGGCAUCUCCGCUGGCUAUGGCAUUCUGACAUCAGAAGGGGGCUCGCGCAGCUACAGGGGCCAAUUUGUACAAGCCAAGAAGCAUGGACGGGGAAUCUAUACUUGGCCUGACGGACGUGAGCAUCUUGGGCUUUAUCACAUGGAUUUUGCUUUUGGCUUCGGAACGCUUCGCUGGCCUGAUGGACGACGAUACCACAGCUUCUGGAGAAACGCACGGACUGCAGGACACGGACUUUUCAUGGAUGCCGAUGGGAACAUCGGGCAGAGCUGGCGGUGUUUGUGUCGGACAUUCAGAGCAUUCAGACGUGAGUCUUGCCCUUGA